AUGCUACUCAUAAUCUCUUCCAUCUCUCUUAUCAUUUUUCUUAUAAUAAAAUGGUAUUCCAAUUCUAGAAAAAUAAAAAACUCACUUCCUUCUCCUCCAAAACUCCCUAUAAUAGGAAACCUCCAUCAACUUGGCUCAUUCCCUCACCGCACUCUUCAAUCUCUAUCAAAAAAAUAUGGCCCUUUGAUGAAACUCCAUCUUGGAAGUGUCCCAGUUAUUGUUAUCUCAUCACCCGAAUCAGCACGUGACAUAAUGAAAACUCAUGACCUUGUCUUUGCAAAUAGACCACAAUCUAAAUUUUACGACAUACUUUUAUAUGAUUGCAAAGAUGUUUCAGCAGCUCCAUAUGGAGAAUAUUGGAGACAAAUAAGAAGCAUCUCUGUUUUGCAUCUUCUUAGUGGUAAAAGAGUUCAAUCUCUUCGUGGUGUUAGAGAGGAAGAAGUUUGUUUAAUGAUAGAGAAAAUAAAACAAUCUUCUUCCUCUUCUUUACCAAUAAAUAUAAGUGAAUUACUUUCUACAACUAUCAAUGAUAUAGUUUGUAGAGUUGCUUUGGGAAGAAAGUAUAGUGGUGAAAGUGGAAAAGGAUUUAAAAAGUUGUUGAUGGAUUUUACGGAGUUACUUGGUACUUUUGUUGUUGGGGAAUAUGUUCCUUGGCUUGAUUGGUUGACUCAUGUUAGUGGAUUGUAUGCAAGAGCUAAAAAAGUGGCUAAAGAGUUUGACGAACUUUUGGAGGAUGUAGUUGAAGAUCAUAUUAAUCGUAACAAAGGAGAUAGAGAUGAACGUGUUUGUUUAGAUAGUGAAGAUCAUGGUGACUUUGUUGAUGUUUUGCUUUCGAUCCAAAGGACAGAAUCACUUGGCUUUCCCAUUGAUAGAACAGUGAUAAAGGCUCUAUUAUUGGACAUGUUUUCUGCAGGUACAGACACUAUAUCCACAUUGUUAGAGUGGGCAAUGACAGAACUAUUAAGACAUCCAAAUGUGAUGAAGAAAUUGCAAGAAGAAGGAAGAACUGUGGGUGGUGAUAGAACACACAUAACUGAAGAUGAUUUAAGCAACAUGAAAUACUUAAAAGCUGUGAUUAAAGAAACACUUCGACUACAUCCUCCAAUCCCAUUACUAGUCCCUCGAGAAAGCAGAAAAGAUAUCAAACUAAAAGGUUACCACAUUGAAAGAGGAACUCGAGUAAUUAUCAAUGCUUGGGCUAUUGCAAGAGAUCCUUCAUAUUGGGAUCAACCUGAAGAGUUCAAGCCUGAGAGAUUCUUGAAUAAUUCAAUUGAUAUUAAAGGGAAUGAUUUUCAAUUGAUUCCAUUUGGAGCUGGGAGAAGGGGUUGUCCUGGGAUAGUGUAUGCUAUGGUUGCUAAUGAACUUGUGUUAGCUAACCUUGUUCAUCAAUUUAACUGGACAUUACCUGCUGGUGUUCUAGGGUUGGAGGCCAUAGACAUGUCUGAAACUGUAGGCUUAACUAUGCACAGAAAAACUCCACUUGUGGCUGUUGUGGUCCCUAAUAGUAACAGCUAAAUGAGGGAGUAUGGGAGCAAGAAGGACAAAUAGGCAAGCUUUCUUACAAGAGGUUGAAAACCGAGGAAGAAUUGGACGAAAAAAUACAACUACUAGAAAGAGAAGUGAAAAAGGCAAAGGCGUGGCUUAAGCUUAAGGCUCUAGCCGGUAGGAGAAGGCCAAGGCUUCGUAUUCCUGGCUUGAGGAGAUUCAUUAGAAAAAGAACCAAGUUUGUCUCUAAGUUCAAAGUAUCUUGGCGUAAGACAUUGAAAAAAUUGAAGAACGGACAGAGUCACAUGAAUGAUCUCUUUGGGGGUAAUUUUCUGUUUAUGCAGGCAAAUCCUAUUCCUUUUGGAUGCAAUCACAAACCUCAUUGAUUAUGGCAUUCACAUAUUAAGGUAAACUAUUUUGACCAUAUAUUACAUUUCUGCAAGAGAUGUGGAAUUUCAUAUCAAUGGUUUUGUCUUUGUUAGCAAAAACGUAGACAUUUGAGAAGCUAAGUAGUUGUAGUAAGAUUGGACGGCAUUCCAUGUAAUUGAUCCGUGAUUUGAUAUGUACCACUUUUUAAUCUGAUCGAUGUUUAAUAAAUCUAGUGUUUUGUGGGCCAUUUAACUUAUCUGUAAAUGGAAAAAGUUUGAUAUAAACUUAAUAAUCAAUUGAUACUUUUGAGAGGAAUAUAAA